UUCAGACGUUUUCAUCACUCACUCUCUCAGUUCUCAACUCUUUCUUCUCCACAAUUACCUAAAAAAAUGGCUUCUUUCAUUCAACUUUUAGUUAUUUUUUCCCUUCUUCAUCUCUCUUUGGCAACAAGGCAAUUAUCUGAGCCAACGAAAGACGAACAAGAAACUGAGAUGUAUAAGUUUCAUUACCACAAUGGCCCUCUUCUUACUGGUAAAAUCUCCAUUAACCUUAUUUGGUAUGGCAAGUUCAAGCCUACCCAACGUGCAAUUAUCUCAGAUUUCAUCACCUCCUUGUCUUCUUCCACUUCAAAAAGUGCAGCUGCUAUCAACCAACCAUCUGUUGCCACGUGGUGGGAAGCUACCGAGAAGUAUUUCAGUUUACUAAAAUCCAAGAAAGCUUCUCCUUUGUUCCUCUCGCUUGGUAACCAAAUCUUGGACGAAAGCUAUUCUUUAGGCAAAUCUCUCAAAGAUAAACACAUCAAACAGUUAGCAGCUAAGGGUGAUAAAAAGAACGCCAUUAACAUUGUGUUAACAGCCGCUGAUGUGGCAGUUGAGGGGUUCUGCUCUAGCCGAUGUGGGACACACGGAUCUUCUUUAAGUUCCAAAAAUACCCCUUCAAAGGGUAAGAUUUAUAAAUUUGCAUAUAUCUGGGUCGGUAAUUCAGAGACUCAGUGUGCUGGUCAAUGCGCCUGGCCAUUUCACCAACCCAUUUACGGACCACAGGCUCCAGCCUUAGUCGCACCCAACAACGAUGUGGGCUCGGACGGUAUGGUCAUGAACUUGGCUAGCUUAUUGGCUGGGACAGUAACGAACCCUUUUGGAAAUGGUUACUAUCAGGGACCAGCUGAUGCACCAUUAGAAGCUGCGUCAGCUUGCACUGGGGUUUAUGGAAGUGGGGCCUACCCUGGCUAUGCUGGCAAUCUUUUGGUGGACCCUACUACUGGUGCUAGCUACAAUGCGCAUGGUGCUAAUGGGAGGAAGUUCUUGCUCCCUGCAUUAUUCGACCCUUCUACGUCUUCAUGUUCUACGUUGGUUUAAGAAGAUCAUUUCUUAAUCAAUUAGCAAGCUACUUACAAAGAGAGUUGUAUUAGGGAAAUCUAGAUAAUAGGAUAUUCUUUUAUUCAAAUUCAUUCUUUUGUCUCGAUUGAUUAAUAAAAUUCCUGAAAUUAUUCUUA